AAUUUUUGUGACUAUCGAUAAGAAAGUAAGCAACCUUACAACGUGUCUUCAGUUAUAUAAUUAUUACUUUGUAUUGCAGACAUGUCUGACACUAACGAUAAAGAAUUAGUUGCAGGACAUCCUCCUGCAGUUAAAGCUGGUGGAAGUCGUCACGGGCAACAUAGAAGAAACUCUGAAAAUGAAAAGAUAUCUUCAAACGAAAUAAAGAAGGAAGAGCAAGAAUAUGGAUCAGAUCCGAAACCCGAUAGAAAUUCUGAUGUCAUCUUAUCAGGAGCUGUUGGAAAAGGGGACAAAGACUUUACUCCUCAAGCUGUAAAACAAUUCCAUGAAAAGCCCAUUCCUUCUAAAGAGAAAAGGCCCGUUCAACAAACCCACCAUAUUAAUCAACCUCGCUGA